UACAGACACGGAUACUUAAAGGGACAACCAAUCAACCAUGGGCCAUAUCUAAUGAUUAGAGGUACAAAAAUUACACAUUAGCAUUUAGAAGUACAAUACGACUACACAGACUACAUGAUUUUAUACUACAAUGACAUGAUCUUUUAUGUAGAAGCCAGCACCUUGUAUGCUACUGAUUUACAUUCCCACAAUUCUACAGCAAAGCUAAAUUGUUCUCUUAAUUGUAAUUUGUGGCUCUAAUUCUCUAGUUGUUUCGAUAUACAAUGAGUGUAUCUAUUAUGUACAUAUUUAUGUUCUUCAGGAAAAAUAUGGUGCUAAUUUACCUUUGCAUCUCACAAGCGGAGAGCGAGGCCAAGGCACUGCUCUGGAUGUCCAAACUUCUAUUAGUCUGCUCCGAGUCAUCCAAGUUUAGACGUUCUGCAAAAUAUUCUGUUUCAUCAGUCUCUUUACCGAUCUGCAUUGAUACGUAAGCUGCUGUUUAGUUACCGAUAUUCUAGCUCCAUCCUCCCGAUUUCACUUUUGAUCUCAUCCGACAAGCCAGGAAGAGAAAAGGACCAUGAUCUAACAAAGUGUUGGUGGACUACUGCCUCGACUUUCAGCAAUUGAAGGAGAAUUUCCUAAGUAGACAGUCAGUUUCAGGAUCAGACUGCAGCAAAUGAGCAGUGGAUGAAAUAGGUUCUGCAUUAUGUUGAGUCUCAAUGAUCAGUCUACUUUCAUGAUUAGAUCGAGUAAUCGGAACGAGCAAUAGUUUGACAAGAUAAAUAUGAUUUUUUCAUAAAAGAUCAUGAGUUCGAUACUCACCAAACUCUUCACUUCCUUCAGCCUACCCUAUAAUAUUUAGAUAUGAGAAUUGAUUCGGAUUUAAGAUUGAGGUGAUAGUCUGAUGGUGAGAUCUUUACCUUGCAACAUCAUAGCUCGCAAGGAUUGAGCUCGUAACCAAGUAAUGUCGGAUAAUUGCUUGCUUCCAUACAUUGUAUACAUGAUUAGGUCUAAUACAAUUCCUCUAUAUACUGCCAAUUACUUUAUUCAAAAGGAUAUGAAAUAUGAAUUCUCUAGUGUUACCCCGAAUCAAAAAAAAUAAUUUAAAAGGGAUGAAUGGAUGAUACUAGUUUUAAUAUUUACUACAUGUAUAAGGGUAUAAUUGGUUCUAAAGAGAAAAAAAUCUCUUUUAUAAAAAAAGUCCAUUUUCCACCUAAAUGGAUAACCAGCUUGAAGAGGCAUUUUCCAUCCUUAUACAAAACUACUACUUUAGAAGAAAAUCAAUUUUCUAUCUUUUUCGAAACAUCUCUAAUUUUCUUGAGUUUUCCAUUAAACCGAACAAUUUUCUAUUAUGAAUAAAACUCAUGAAAAUUAAUUCUCCGAAAAAAUAUUUUUCCUCAAACUUAACAGAACAAAUUUAUCACUAGGGGAGAGGAGUAAGGACUAAAGUGGAUAAAAAAAAAAGAAAAGAAGAUAACUUGCCUCCCUUGCUGAACUAUUGUGUGAUACUUUGCCUUUCCAUCAAUCUUCCUUGCUUUAAGCUGAUAUUCUAAGUGAACAUCUUCCUUCCUUCAGACUUUCAUAGAACACACUCAGUUCUCUUCUCUCACAUACCAGUAUUAAGCUCUGGUAGUCUUGUUUUUACUGGUUCUUCUUCUAACUUCUCACUCUCAGUUGUCAAAAUUCAUGUCUCAAUAUGAUGAUCCUGAAAAUAAUCCUCAUUUCUGGCCGACCCAGCCGUCAGAUUUUGCAGCACCUCCACUGAAUCGGCCAGAAUCAAGGCAGAGUUGGGAUGGCCGCCCUUAUCGAGAUCAACACCCUGAUCUAAUUCAAAAGAGGUCUCGGCAGCGACAGCAACUGCCACCUCCUCCACAUCGUCCGGGCCUGGAUGUACACCCAAAAAGUACCCAGCCUGAACAUGCCCAUCAAUGGUACCCGACCCCAACAACGCAGCAGCCCUCAACUCCAUUGAAGCAUCCACCGCCUGCAUUGAAUUCCCACCUGGGCGAAGUGUCAGCUCAGACCGACACUCAGUCCCGGACCAAGCACCCAUUAUCACAUCCACAAGUUAGCUUCGAUCAAGGCGCUGCUCCCCCAAAUUCCCGGCAACAUUUAAUGUACCCAACACCCAAUCGAACCAAGGCACUUACAUGGUUUGGAGCAGUGUUCUGUCUAAUCCUAUGGCUUGUCAUAAUUCUUGGUGGCCUCAUGGUGCUCAUAAUAUACCUCGUGUAUCGCCCACAUACCCCACACUUUGAGAUAUCAAGCGCAUCCUUCAAUACCGCCUACCUCGACAUGGGCUACGUGCUAAACUCCGACAUCACAAUCCUUGCCAACUUCACUAAUCCCAAUGAGAAGGUGGUUGUAGACUUUAGAUAUGUGACCCUGCAGCUCUAUUUCGACAAGCACCUCAUUGCUAAUCAAUACAUUGACCCUUUCACGAUUUUCAGCACGGAAUCCAAACUUGCAAAUGUGGAGUUCAUAACCAGCCAGCUUAGGCUUCCUUUAGGAGUGACUCAACAACUCAUAGCACAGGUACAGAGAAAUAGGGUUACAAUUGAAGUUCAUGGGUAUUUUCAUGCAAGAUCAAAAUUUGGAAGCCUUUUGAGAUACUCUUAUUGGUUGUAUGGCCACUGUCAAAUUGAAAUGACAAGGCCCCCAAGUGGAGUUAUGCUAAACAGCCAUUGUAGAACAAAGGACUGA